ACUCUGCACCCGCGGGUGUGUGCGUCCUGCUUCCUGGCGGGCUGUCUAGUCCCCUCUGCCGGUUCAUGGAGGGGGCCAGUCCCCCAUCUCCAGGAGAUGAGCUGGAGCUCUCGGUGAUCCAGGGGCAGCCAGACGAGCAGACGCCUCUCAACGGAGCCGUCCAGGGCAUCCUUUCUUUAGCCGAGGAGCCCUGCGCAGUCCAGGCUGACAAGGAAAGCCCUUGGAGCUCCUGUAAUAAGAAGUUGAUUGGAAAGUGCAAACUCUGGAUGGUCCUUGCCUCUAUUUUCCUGAGUUUCAUUUUAGUCAUCAUCAUAAGCUUAUGUCUAACUGGAGUAACUUAUAUUGAUGAAGAUGAAAAUGAAAUACUUGAAUUGUCGUCAAAUGAAACAUUCUCGGUCAUGCUAAAGAUUCCAGAGGAGUGUGUUUCUGAAGAGGAAUUACCUGACAUGCUCCAGAAGCGGGUGACACACGUGUACAGUGAUUCACCAGCUCUGAACCGCUAUUUCACUUCGGUUGAAGUCAUGGACUUCAGUGGUGAAAAUGCCACAAUAAUCUUCCACCUGCACUUCAGGAUUCCUCCUGAAGAUGGCAGUUUUAUGAAGUAUGUGAUGAGUGAGGAGCUCGUGCUGGGCGUUUUGCAGCAGGAUUUCCAUGAUCAGAACGUGGCUGGUUGUGAGACUCUGGGGCUUGAUCCAGGAUCCCUCUGCUCCUACAAUAAGUUGAGCACGUCCGGAAGGCAGAGCUGUGACGGUAAACGGGGGAACCAGAAUUAUGAAGGUUAAUCUAUGUCUGACAGCAGCACUCUGCUGAACUUUGGGAUGCUGAGAGUUCAUUCCGCUUUACAGAAGAGAUCCUGAGAAUUAACAGAGAA